AUGCCGCCGGGUGCUCCCCGGGGAGGCGACCGACUCAUCGCUCCCGUCUCGCCCUCUCCUCGGUGUGUGCCCCGGAGCCGUUCCCCGGCCGGGCGGGCGGGCGGGCGAACCGGGGCCCCCCCUGGCCGGGAGGAAGGGGCGGGAGGGCUGUUCCCGGCGGCGUCCCCUGAGGCAGAUGGGGCUGUCGGCAGUGUCUGUGCCUCUCAGUUCCUCUCUGCCUGGUCCGGCACCCUGAGUAUUGCAGAGCCCCUUCCCAUCGAGUUCCUCUCCGUGGCAGCCAUGGAGCGAGGGAGCUUUGUGCCACCCGUGCCCUCUGUCACACGCUGUCCCCAUGCUGCGAAAUUAGCAGGGCUUCUGUUUACAGCGUUGACUGCUUGGUACUUGGGAUAUUUAAUUGCUUAUCUUUUACCCAGUGAGGCAAUAACAACGUCUAUUGCUAAUCUUCAAGACUUUGGAAAGAAACCAGUUCUGAGGGCCCCAGUCCCAAAAAGGCAGAAGUGUGAUCACUGGUCUCCUUGCUCACCUGGGAACUAUGCCUAUCGGAUUCUUAGUGGUGGUGGCAAAGCAAAGCUGGCUAGAAUUUGUUUUGAGGAUGAGAUGCUUAUAAGUGAAGAGAAGGGUAAUGUUGGAAGAGGUAUAAAUAUUGCCAUUGUGAAUUAUAAAACAGGAAAAGUUACAUCAACAAAAUAUUUUGACAUGUGGAAAGGAGACCACUCAGGAGAGAUGAUGACUUUCAUUAAAAAUGCACCAGAAGGGUCCCUGCUUUUGAUGGUGACUCACGAUGAUGGAAGCACCCGGUUGAAAAAUGACACAAAAAAAUUAGUAGAAGAGCUGGGAAGUAAAGAAAUACAGAAUAUAAAGUUCAGAUCAAGCUGGGCUUUUAUAGCUGCCAAAGGCUUCAAACUGCCGGAUGAUAUCCAAAAAGAAAAGAUAAACCACUCUGACAAGAAGAAGAACAGAUACCGUGGCUGGCCAGCUGAAAUCCAAAUAGAAGGCUGUAUCCCAAGAAACCUGAUCUGA